AGUAGGUGGGAAGAGUUGAAGUGUUACGGGGCGUCCUCAGAACUUUGUUUUCUCGUACCUGCUAAAAAAACUUGGACUUGCACAUCUAACUACGUCUACCUGAAUCACCAGCAGCAGUUCACUGGCUGAAGGCAGAAAAACGAAUAAAACCGCGUAGGCGGCGCGUGCCGACCCGAUCCUCCCACUCCUGGGAGACUAGCUGCCUGACUGGGAAGGGGUCUUCAGUUCUAAACGCUGAUUGGACCCUGUGGAGUCUUCCUGAAGCUGCGUGGGCGCCCUUCCCAGGAGCACAGACCCCGUGUCCUCUGGGGAGUAGUGGAGUCAGCGUCGGGACUGGUGGAACAUGACUUCUAUAAAGGAGCAGGCAGCAAUCAGCCGCCUCCUGAGUUUUCUGCAAGAGUGGGACAAUGCCGGCAAAGGCCUGAGAACACAGAUUCUUACUAAGUUCAUCGAAGCCAACGAAGGGAAGACUGGCCCUGAGCUGGAGCUGGAGUUUUCCCAGGGAGCCAGCUUGUUCCUCAUACGAUUGACCACCUGGCUUAGAAUCACCUAUAUGACUGGCUUGGAUCUAGAGAAGCUCCUGAGGUCCAUUGGCAUCUUCUUGUCUGCCGUGAGCAACAAUCGGUACCUAAUAGAAUUUCUUGAGAUUGGAGGAGUCCUAACACUCUUGGAAAUACUUGGCCUAGAGAAAAUCAAGGAAGAGGACAAAAAGGAAUCCAUCAAACUACUUCAGAUUAUUGCGAAUACCGGCAGGAAGUACAAGGAACUCAUCUGUGAAAGCUACGGUGUGAGAGCCAUAGCAGAAUUUCUGGCAAAGUCUAAAUCAGAAGAGACCCAGGAGGAAGUGCAGAUUCUGCUGGAUGCUCUGGUCCAUGGUAACCCCAAGUACCAGAAUCAAGUAUAUAAAGGUCUCAUAGCUCUGCUGCCCUGUGGGUCCCCAAAAGCCCAGCAGCUGGCCAUGCAGACUCUCAGGAUUGCCCAGGCAAUCAUUGGAGCGACGCACCCCAGCAUUGUGGACUGUGUGUUGAAGGUCCUGGGCACAAUGCAUCUGGAGGUCCAGUACGAAGCCAUCGAGCUGAUAAAGGACCUGAUCCACUAUGACGUGCGCUUGCCACUGCUCAGAGGCCUUGUGGCACUGCUCAUCCCACCUGUCAAGGAAACGUCCAAACUGCAGGCCAAGAUCUUCACGGACUCUCCAGUUCUCCAGAUCACCACCCAGCUACCAGUGUUCCUGCAGCAGGCCGCAGCCGCCAAGACCAUUGGGAUCCUGGCACGCAGUGACUUGAAACUGGCAGAGGAGCUGCUGCACAUGCGUGUGGUCCACAGCCUCAUGACGGCCAUGGGCAACACCGACCACAGCAAUAGCCAGAGACUGGCCAGUCUCACACUAGAGUACUUUGUGCAGCUGUUCCCAUUGGUGGAGGAGCAUGUCCGCAAGGCCAUGGGAGAGGAACUCUACCAGCUCUUCCUUAGCAAUGCCGAGAUCUUGUACACAAAAAUAGAUAGCAUUCAGGCGGACAUCUUGGCAGCCAACAAAGUCAAUGUUACCAAAGGUGAGAAGGGGGUGAGGGGCCGAAAGCCCAGGCAGAGCCAGCAAUCAGGCUUAUGCUGGCUUUGCUGCCCGCAGCCUUACACCUCUGUGAAGGCACCACCGCCAGCUGCCUCAACUUUUGCAUAGGCCCCGGAGAUUUGAACGAUGUGGAAUAUGUCACCCAUUUUGAGAAGCUCAAUUCAGAAUCCAAGGAGUGACAGAGUCCCUGUGGCAAACCAGGAGGCCAAGACUGUGCCUCCUGGAAGGCUGCCUGCCAGGAGGAGGCUUGAAGACAGUGCCACUAGGUUCUGGGUGGGAAACUGGGAGUUAGCAAAUGCAGGGGAAGAGGGGGAGCUGUUGCUGCAGAAGGGUCUAAUAAAGGGUUCGCAUAUCUGUGCUGUGUAGUCGGACUGGAAUGGGAAUCACAAGAGCUUCGUAACUUAACAGGGUUGGGGGUGUUCCUACUUAUGAAAGCAGGACCCAUGACUCUGGAGGAGCUCCAGGGCAUGCUGUGGCCUUAAUGGAGGCCUUCUCCUUUAAGACAGCGGUUCUGAGCCUCUCUAAUGCUGUCACCCUACAUGAGUGAGUGAUGAGCCAUGGGCCAUGGGGGUAAAGUAGUAAGAUGUCUAAUCUUAGAGACACGGAAAAGGAAGUGAUAUAGAGAGUGGAGGGGUCAGGAAAGAAGAGAAAGUGCGUGAGCAUUAACCCCCUGCAGGGAAAACAAAGAAAAUAAUGUGGGGGAUGAAGACGACCAAAUACUUGAAAAGAGGAGAAAAGCAGAGUAUAUCCUCCACCUAAAAUUAUAAAUAACGCUAGUCCUCUGGAACAACCACAGAGCCUGUAAAAAUUGACUAGAAUCUUGAUAUGUUGAUACAAAGUUAUAGAGGAGCCACUG